AUGGCGAUUGUUAAACGGGGUGUACGUAACAAAGCGAGAACCCAGCAGGCGCCGCCGGCGAAGCUGGGGAUCAAGAAAGCCGAGUUCGAUCUCCACAAGAAGAAAGAGGUCGGGGUAUCUGAUCUCACGUUGUUAUCGCAAAUCACCGACGAAGCCAUCAACGACAACUUGUACAAGCGGUUUAUGAACGGGACCAUCUACACCUACAUUGGCCAUGUGCUUAUCUCCGUCAACCCGUUUGAGGAUUUGGGGAUCUAUACCGAUGAAGUGUUGCAAACCUAUAAAGGGCGCAAUCGGUUGGAGGUGCCCCCUCACGUGUUUGCCAUUGCCGAACUGAUGUUCUACCAGCUUAAAAGUUACGGUGACAACCAGUGUGUCAUCAUUUCCGGCGAGCUGGGGGCAGGUAAGACUGAGGCUGCCAAGCGGAUCAUGCAAUACAUCGCCAACGUGCUGGUCGACAACGCCACCGCCGACAUCUCCAAGAUCAAGGACAUGGUGCUUGCCACCAACCCGCUUUUAGAAUCGUUUGGGUGUGCUAAAACCCUCCGGAAUAACAACUCGCUGCGGCACGGGAAGUACUUGGAGAUCCGCUUCAACGACCGGCUGCAACCAGUGUCGGCCCACAUCACCAACUACUUGCUUGAGAAGCAGAGAGUCGUGGGCCAAAUCAACAAUGAACGGAACUUUCACAUCUUCUACCAGUUCACUAAGGCCUGCCCGCCGGAAUACCAACAACUGUUCGGUAUUCAAGGUCCUGAAACUUACGUCUACACUCUGGGUGCUCAUUGUGUAAACGUUGACGGGAUUGACGACAGACACGACUUUGCCGACACCAUCAGAGCCAUGGAAGUCAUCGGUUUGUCGAAGGCCGAACAGGACCAGAUUUUCCGUAUGCUUGCCACUAUCUUGUGGAUUGGUAACAUUCUGUUUGUUGAAAAUGAAGAAGGGAACGCCAAAGUUCGCGAUGAGCUGGUGACGAACUUUGUCGCCUACCUUUUACAAGUGGACGCCACUAUCCUUAUCAAGCUGAUCACUGAAAGAAUCAUGCAAGUCCAAAUGGGCAUGAAGCGUGGUCUGACAUACCAUGUCCCAUUGAACAUUGUCCAAGCAACUGCAGUCAGAGAUGCUCUUGCCAAGGGUAUUUACAACAACUUAUUCGACUGGAUUGUCGAGCGUGUCAACUUGUCGCUCCAGGGAACUUCCGGCGACUUCACCAAGCUGAUUGGGAUCUUGGAUAUUUAUGGGUUCGAGAUUUUUGACCAAAACUCGUUCGAACAAAUCUGUAUUAAUUACGUCAACGAAAAGUUGCAACAAAUCUUCAUUCUGUUAACGUUGAAGGCUGAACAAGACGAAUACGUCCAAGAACAGAUUCAGUGGACUCCGAUUGACUACUUCAACAACAAGGUUGUCUGUGAUUUGAUUGAAGCUGUACGUCCUCCCGGGUUGUUCGCUGCUCUCAAUGACUCGAUCAAGCAAGCUCACGCCGACUCCGACGCGGCUGACCAGGUGUUUGCCCAACGGUUGCUGAUGGUGGGGGCGCAAAACCCUCACUUUGAAGACCGUAGAGGCAAGUUCAUCAUCAAGCAUUACGCCGGUGACGUCACCUACGAUGUCCACGGUAUCACCGAAAAGAAUAAGGAUGCGAUGUUGCGUGACUUGCUUGAGCUUUUGCUGACCCUGCAGAAUCAAUUUGUCACCCAAACGUUGUUCCCUCCUCAACUCUUACAGGCAGUACUGGAUCUGAAAAAGCAGCCUCCCACUGCCCUGGACAAAAUCAAAAAGAGUGCCAAUCUCCUUGUCGAAACUCUUCUGAAAUGUCAACCGCUGUAUAUUCGGACCAUCAAGCCCAACCAAACUAAACGUCCCAAGGAGUAUGAUAACGCACAAGUGCUUCAUCAAAUCAAGUAUUUGGGGCUUAAGGAAAACGUCCGUAUUCGUCGUGCUGGGUUUGCUUACCGUACUACGUUUGACAAGUUUGUGCAGCGGUUCUACCUUCUUUCUCCCGCUACUGGCUAUGCUGGUGAUUAUAUCUGGCAAGGGGAUGACAUCACCGCUGUGAAGGAGAUUCUUCGUCUGUGUAAAGUCCCUCAACUGGAGUUCCAAUUGGGUACCACCAAGGUGUUUAUCAAGACUCCUGAAACGCUUUUUGGACUUGAAGACAUGAGAGACAAGUACUGGCACAACAUGGCUGCUCGGAUCCAGCGUGCUUGGAGACGUUACAUCCAAAGAAAGACUAACGCUGCGAUCACGAUCCAGCGCGCGUGGCGUAACCGUACUCACGGUAACACCGAGGAACAAUUCCGUGAUUGGGGUACCAAGUUGUUGGCUGGUCGCAAGGAGCGUCGUCGGUUCUCGAUGCUUGGAUCGAGACUGUACCAAGGUGACUACCUUAACUGUAAUGACACUAAGGGUUACGGGCAGUUUGUGGUGCUGCAGGUGGGUAUUAGCGAGCCGGUAGUCUUCCUGUGUUCUGGUGAGCUUUUGGCGCUGAAGUUCGGCCGGUCGCUGAAGCGGGUGAAGCGGGUGUUUGUCCUCACCAAGCUGCUGUUCAACGUGAUUCUGGCGGCUCCUAUCGACGGGAGACUUAAGCUUCAGCGCGAGUUCGUGUUGCCGGUGAACAACAUCGCCUAUGUGGGGUUGUCGUCAUUCCAAGAUGAUUGGAUGGCCAUUUCCACGCGUAAGUUCACCCAUCAGCUGCCUGAUGUGUUCAUCAACACUCCGUUUAAGACUGAGCUAACGGCUCAGUUGAAGCGGUUGAACCAAGGCAUCGACAUCAAGAUCGGCCCCACGGUUCAAUACCAAAAGAAGGCCGGCAAGUACCAGACGGUGAAGUUUGCUGUGGGCAAUGGACCGGAAAUCCCUGCUAACAGUGACUACUACAAGCUGGGUCAAGUGCGGGUGCACAAGGGGCUCCCGCCUAACCUGGUGAACCCCAAGAGACCCCGGGGUAAGCUGACGGCAGUGGACUACCUGAAGUACUACAACCGCUUCCCCCACCGCCAAACGCAACCGUCGUACAACUCGCAGCCUCAACAGUCGUACCAAGAACCUCAGCAAUCGUACCAGACCCAACAAACCCUCGACCCGGGUCCGGCGCUGGUGGCGCUGUCGCUGCUGCCGUACCCUCAGCACCUGGCGAUUCCUCACCCUCUGGAUAUGCCUCAUUCUACCCCAGCUCACCUGGUGCGGAAACCCCCCACUGGCCCCACGUUGGGCGUGGGUGCUGGCGCCCUGGCAGCAGCCGCUGCCGCGGCGUUAGAACACCACGGCCAAUUGCUGCCGACGCUGCCUAGACUGCCGACGCUGCCGAGACUGCCCCCUGGUCGUCCGGUGAAGAAGAAGGCUGCCCCCGCGCCGCCGGCAAAGAAGAAGGCUCCUCCUGCGCCUCCUGCAUCUUUACAAACGCCGCCUGCGCCGCCCAAGCCCAAGCACCCGACUUAUGUGGCGUUGUACGAUUACGACGGGCUGGUUUCGGGGUCUCUCGCUCUUGUUAAAGGUACUACGUACUACGUGACCAACUUGAACGGGCCGUGGGCGCUCACUAAGCCCCUCGACGAGCUGAGAGAAGGUUGGGCACCUCUCAAUUACUUGCAAGAGUCCUCUGGCGAUGGCUCGGCCGCUUUGGCACCCGCAGCUCUGCCUGCUCUGCAAGUGACUCAGCAAACCCAACCAACGAUCGCGAGCGAUGCCACCACCCAGGCCAGCAGCCUUUCCAAUGGCCUCGCCGACGCUCUCAAACUGAAGAAGCAAGAGGAAACGACUUUGGCGCUGUCUUUGGCCGACGCCUUGAAGCGCCGCCAAGGGGCUACGGGCGAGAGUGAUGACGAUGAUGAAGAUGACGACGACUGGUAG